GCGAGUCUCCGCCCCCGGCUCUACGUUCAGCCAAUCGCUGCAAGACAGGUAGAAGGAACAGGAAGACUUCAACCUGAAUGAUGAAACUCAUUGUAAUGCGACAUCAAUAAUAACAUCGGCCGGUUAGUGUGUGUACUCAUAUUAAAAGGAGAUUGGUGGAGAUCACAUCAUCCUGUGACUGAUCGCUUCGUGGUGGAGAUGUCACCUGUGGCUGUAGUAUCCUUCCUGUGUCUGCUGGCCGUGGUGCAGCUAUCGGGUGUCCAGGGCUGGAGCCAAAAUGAUAGAGUCUUGCUGAAGGAUAUUCAGGCGAUCACACUUUAUUCAGACAGAUACACUAACGCACGACGCUCAUCCCCUAUUCCUCAGUUGAAAUGUAUUGGCGGCAAUGCUGGCUGUAGCGCUAUGACCCCACAGGUGGUACAGUGCCACAACAGAGGGUGGGAUGGCAUUGAUGUCCAGUGGGAGUGUAAGGUGGACAUGGAUAAUGCUUACCGAUUUGGGAAAAUUGAAGUGAGCUGUGAGGGUUUCGAUUAUCCCAAUGAUCCAUAUGUCCUGAGCGGAUCGUGUGGUUUGGAGUACACACUGGAACUUACAGAAGAAGGCCGAAAGAGAUCUCAAAAUGGCAACAGCUUUGGUGGCUCGGGAUACUCAAAAAGCUGGAAUUCCCAGUCACCCUAUGAUGGGAGUGGAGUAAUUGUCUUUCUGGUACUGCUGGGUCUGGCCUAUGGGGUGUACAAACUAUUCCUGAGCACACCUCCUAUGCAGCAAGAGCAACAUCCACCUAAUUAUGAUGGACAUGAUGACCAACAUUACAGCCAUGCUAACGCACCUCCUCCACCACCUGGUUUUAAGUCGGACUUUACAGGAAAUACGUCUGGAUUUGGAGGUUUUAGUAAACCGUCUUCCUAUGGGAGCCAAGCAACACAAGGACCUGGAUUUUGGACUGGUUUAGGAACUGGUGGUGUAUUGGGAUAUCUGUUUGGCAAUCGGAGGUCACAGCCUCACUAUACAGCUUCUUCACCUUAUCAUAACACAUGGAGUGCACCCUCUUUCUCUGGAUCUACAUUCAGUUCUUCACAAAGUUCUGGUGUGAGAACCGCAUCAGGCUUUGGGGGAACAAAAAGAAGAUGAAAGAUGCUGUGUAUGGAGAAAAUCAACAGAGAGAUUUUUUUUUUUUUUGUCUCGCCCGCUGGUGAAGAUUAAUAAUAUAUCAAAUAAGUGUGAAUAUUUAAUAUACUUGCAUAGAGUUAAUGAAACAUUGUGGGUGGAUGAUUUUAGUCUUUGAUUUGCACUUUAACUUUUCUGAUUGUGAGUCAGUAAUGUGAAAUCCUUCUGUGUGCAGAAACUGUAAUAGUCCUCGUUAG